AUGGCACCUGGCCCUCGUGAGCUUUCGAGAGAGGCCCUCUCGCUGUUCCUUGUUAACUUGUCCUUCAGGCCUGGUGUCCAUUGUCCCGAGGGUGAGCUGGUGUUUGCCUGGUUUGGUGCCCCCUUGUUUCUCUCCCAUCCUCACUUCCUCAACGCCGACCCGGUUCUGGCAGAAGCGGUGACUGGCCUGCACCCUAACCAGGAGGCACACUCCUUGUUCCUGGACAUCCACCCGGUCACGGGAAUCCCCAUGAACUGCUCUGUGAAACUGCAGCUGAGCCUCUACAUGAAAUCUGUCGCAGGCAUUGGACAAACUGGGAAGAUUGAGCCGGUGGUCCUGCCGCUGCUCUGGUUUGCAGAGAGCGGGGCCAUGGAGGGGGAGACACUUCACACAUUCUACACCCAGCUGGUGUUGAUGCCCAAGGUGAUGCACUAUGCCCAGUACGUCCUCCUGGCGCUGGGCUGCGUCCUGCUGCUGGUCCCUGUCAUCUGCCAAAUCCGGAGCCAAGGUCCAGAGGACACCGUGAGCCAGCCAGGCCUGGCCGCUGGGCCCGACCGGCCCCCCAGCCCCUACACCCCGCUUCUCCCGGACUCCCCCAGCGGACAGCCCCCCAGCCCCAUAGCCUGAGCCUCCAGCUGCCACGUGCCUGUUGCACACCUGCACACACGCCCUGGCACACGUACACACACGCGUGCAGGCUUGUGCAGACACUCAGGGAUGGAGCUGCUGCUGAAGGGACUUGUAGGGAGAGGCUCGUCGACAAGCACUGUUCUGGAACCUUCUCUCCACAUGGCCCACAGGCCUGACCACAGGGGCUGUGGGUCCUGCAUCCCCUUCCUUGGGUGAGCCUGGCCUGUCCCGUUCAGCCAUUGGGCCCAGGCUUCCUCCCCUUCAAGGUGAAACACUGCAGUCCCGGUGUGGUGGCUCCCCAUGCAGGACGGGCCAGGCUGGGAGUGCCGGCUUCCUGUGCCAAAUUCAGCGAGGACUCAGUGCCCAGGCCCUGGCCACAAGCUUUGGCCUUGGUCUACCUGCCAGGCCAGGCAAAGCGCCUUUACACAGGCCUCGGAAAACAAUGGGGUGAGCACAAGAUGCCCCGUGCAGCUGCCCGAGGGUCUCCGCCCACCCCGGCUGGACUUUGAUCUCCCCGAAGUCUUCACAGGCACUGCAUCGGGUUGUCUGGUGCCCUUUUCCUCCAGCCUAAACUGACAUCAUCCUAUGGACUGAGCCGGCAGCAGGCUGUGCCCCCGAGCUGCCCCCAUGCCCUCACAGGGUCCCUCAGAUUAUAGGUGCCCAGGCUGAGGUGAAGAGGCCUGGGGGCCCUGCCUUCCGGGCGCUCCUGGACCCUGGGGCAAGCCUGUGACCCUUUUCUACUGGAAUAGAAAUGAGUUUUAUCAUCUUAGAAAAAUAACUCACUCUUGAAGUAAUAAACCUUUAAAAAAAUG